GAGAAUUGUGGGAUGCAUACCAAAACUUAUUUUGUAAAUUUUUAAGAAGUCCAGGAAAAAGUUAUUAACGGGAGAAGAAAGUUGAACAAGUUAAACUGGAUCUAUCACUAAGACCAAGGAAUAUAUCAACAAACAAAGACAUUUAAUUUUAGAUUUAAUUCAUAUAACCUAGAAAUUGCUAGAACUUCAAAAUAUACAUCCAUUAAAGAAAACGCUGGUAUUUGUAUAUGAACAGACUUGACAUGAUGGAUCAGGUUCAUUUGGCAAAUGAAGAUGAGGAUGAUUUGUAUGGAGGAUUCAAUGAUUACAAUGCUACAUUAGAUACAGGAGAUUUAGAGAAUGACCCAGCCUUCCAACAUGCUGUUAGAACUAGUCACGGACGACGUCCACCUCCUACAGCAGCCAGGAUGGGCACAAUGGGUAAAGGUCGCAUGCCUCCUUCUUCCAUGGGAGCACGUCCUAUCACAGGAGCUCAAGUUGGCCAGGAUGGGCAGGCACGCCCUAUGACUGCAGUAAAAGGUGCUGGCUAUAGAGGGAGUGGGGCACAGUUUGACCCCAUGAAUCAGUCAAAAGGUCCAGCCCCACCCCUGGAAACUAAACCUGAAGAUAGCCCAGAAGAGAAGAUCAAGCAAAUUGAGAAGAAAGUCAAUGAGCUGAUAGAAGAAAGCUGUUUUGCAAAUGAUCGGAGAGAGUUUCAACUUGCUCUUGAGAAAGCAAAAGAAGCUGGUCGCAAAGAGAGACAGUUGGUACGUCAGAGAGAGCAGAUGUCAGCGAAUGAUCAGAUAAAUCUAGAUCUCACAUACUCAGUUUUAUUCAACCUGGCAAACCAGUAUGCAGCAAAUGAGAUGUACGGAGAGGCAAUUAACACAUACCAAGUCAUUGUGAAGAACAAGAUGUUUAGCAAUGCAGGGCGGCUGAAGGUGAACAUGGGCAACAUUUACUUCAAACAGAAACAAUGGCAGAAAUCAGUCAAGAUGUACAGGAUGGCUCUUGAUCAGGUCCCAAAUACUCACAAAAACAUGAGGAUUAAAAUCAUGUCCAACAUCGGAAUUGCAUUUGUGAAGAUGAAUCAAUACAACGAUGCUAUCACCUCCUUUGAACACAUCAUGAUGGAGCAGCCCACCAUCGCAACAGGCUUCAAUCUUGUUCUUUGUUACUUCGCACUGGGAGACCGAGAAAAAAUGAAAAGAGCAUUCCAGAAACUUCUAAUGGUAGAUUUGAAAAUGGAAGAUGAGGAUAAAUAUUUGCCGCAUAAUGAUGACAAACAAUACAAUCUCAUCCUAGAAGUUAUCAAGAAUGAUGAUCUCAGGAAGAUAGAGAGAAAGGCUAAAACUGAAGCCGAGCGAUGCAUCAAGAGCGCAGCAAAGAUUAUUUCACCAGCCAUCGAGAACACAUUUGCUGAGGGAUAUGAUUGGUGUGUUGAACAGGUGAAGGGUUCAUCCUAUGUUGAACUGGCACAUGAUCUUGAGAUUGAUAAAGCACUGAUGUACCUUAAACAGAAGGAUUUCCAACAGAUGAAAUAUUCCAAAAUGGCAAUUGAAACACUGAAGUCAUUUGAGAAGAAGGACACCAAGGUUGCAAGCACAGCUGCUACAAAUCUCUCCUUCCUCUACUUUCUGGAGAAUGAUCUGAGUCAAGCAGCUAAGUAUGCAGAGGUUGCAAUGCAGGCAGAUCGCUACAACCCUGCUGCAUUGGUGAACCGUGGCAAUGUUUGGUACAUGCAGAAAGACUAUGAGAAAGCAAAACAGUUCUAUAAGGAAGCUCUUGAAAAUGAUCUCUCCUGUGUUGAGGCGCUUUAUAAUCUAGGGUUGAGCAACAAGAAAUUGGCACGACUUGAGGAUGCAUUGGAGACAUUCUACAAGCUACAUGCUAUUUUAAGAAACAAUGCGCAGGUGAUAUAUCACAUUGCUGAUAUAUAUGACCAGCUAGAAGAUACGGCACAGGCUACAGAAUGGUUCAUGCAGCUUAUAGGCAUCGUGCCCACUGAUGCUACCCUCUUGGCUAGACUAGGGGAAAUAUUUGAUAAUGAGGGGGAUAAGUCACAAGCUUUCCAGUACCAUUAUGAUUCAUUCAAGUAUUUCCCAUCAAACAUUGAGAUCAUAGAAUGGCUAGGGGCCUACUACAUUGACUCUCAGUUUUGUGAGAAGGCUAUACAAUACUUUGAGAGAGCAGCCUUGAUACAGCCCAACCAAGUAAAGUGGUACAUGAUGAUAGCUAGCUGUCACAGGCGCAGUGGGAACUACCAGAAGGCCCUUGACACAUAUAAAAGUAUAAAUAAGAGAUUCCCUGAAAACAUUGAAUGUUUGAGAUUCCUGGUACGACUGUCAACAGACAUGGGCCUGAAAGAUGCAAAUGAUUUCGCUACAAAACUCAAGAAAGCGGAGAAGUCUAAAGAACUCAGAGAACAGAGAGUAAAUAGCGGCAGUGGUAGAAGAGGCAGUGGCAGAAAGAGAGAGGGAAGGGAAAACAGUGCAGGAAGUGAUUCAGGAAGCAGGGCUGGAAGUGGAACUAGUCUAAGAUCUAGUGCAAGGGGUGAACGAUCUGCAGGAAGUGCCGCAAGAAGGACCAGGCCAAACUUUGAUGAUGAUGAAGACGCAUUUGGAAAGAAGGAAGUCGAUGCCUCCUAUUCAGAUCCUCUCGGCUCAAUGGCUGAACGACCCAAGACAGCUGCUAGGCGACCAAAUGAAGUGAAGGAUGAGUUUGAUGAUGAGGAAUUGGGAGAUGACUUACUACCCGAAUAAAUGCUGUAUUUGGACUAUUUUGUUUGACUGUCUUUGGCAUGUUCAUCAAUCAUUCAUGUCAGUUUACAAUGUACAAGUACAACUGAAAAUAUUUGAUCAUUACAAGAACAUUUUAAGGAGCCAUUGCUGUUAAUUUAAAUGUAGAUGUAGUACAUUGAACAAAGUGUGGGAAAUGAAGAAUAUGUGUACACAGUUCAAAGAUGCCACAGAGACAUUCGUUUUCAUUGUUAAGAGUAAAUUAGUAAGGUGAGAAAAUUUUGCAUCCGUCCAUCCAGGAAUACUGGUUUCUAUCUUCUCAUCCUUAAAUGUUAGUCUAUAUCUUAUAUUUAUUAUGCACAACGUUUUGUAUGUAUAAAUUAAUGUUUAAAUAUAUGUGAUAUAUA